AUGCGCGCUUCAUCUGCGGCUCGCACCUUCGAGCCAAGGCCAGAAGCGGCAGACGCGCGUGUGUUUGGGAGACGCCUGCAGGAGGAGGCGCGUGAUCUGAUCCGGGGUGCGGCAAACACGCAAAUCACGCACACGUAGGAUCAGACCCACAUCGAGGCAGGGAGGCCAGGGCAGGGCAGGGCAGACGCGGCACAAUUUUCUACAGCACAGCAAGCACCGCGCUACCCAUGCCCAACGUGCGGGACGACACACCCUGUGUCCUUUUCGCUGUGCUGAUCUGCUUUGUCAGGUGUGUCUACUCUACCACAGUAGGCAGGCUACAGCUGAGCUGAGAUGGCACUCAAGAGAAUCAACAAGGUAGGCGCUCAGGCAACCACACAUCGCUGGGAGCGGGAAAGGCGAGUUUGUGGGUGGGUGGACGGGGGAACGCUGUGUGGUGUCGUGGCCAUCGGCACUGAGACCUGUGAUGUGUCUGAUUGCAGGAGUUGCAGGAUUUGGGUAAGGAUCCGCCAGCCAACUGCUCGGCGGGUCCGAUCGGCGACGACAUGUUCCACUGGCAGGCCACCAUCAUGGGACCUUCCGACAGGUACCUUGGUACCUUUGGGGCACACACACACAGCGAUGGCACACUGGAUGGAUGGACACACACAUCCCUCUUUGUCGUGUGUGUGUGUGUGUGUGUGGUGAGCAGUCCGUAUGCGGGCGGUGUGUAUUUCCUCAACAUUACGUUCCCCAGCGACUACCCUUUCAAACCACCCAAGGCACGAGCCAACACCAUCACCCACCCACACAGAGAGGGAGAGAGGCCAUCGAUCCCUCGCUCCCUCCCUCCCUCUCUCCCCCCGCCCCUCUCAGGUGAAUUUCACGACUCGCAUUUACCACUGCAACAUCAACAGCAACGGGAGCAUCUGCCUGGACAUCCUCAAGGACCAGUGGAGCCCCGCACUCACCAUCUCCAAGGUCCUGCUCUCCAUCUCAUCACUACUCACCGACCCAAACCCCGGUAACCAAGCAAAUCAAUGACACACAAACCUUUUCCCUUUUGGAUCCAGCUGGCUGUGUGGGUGUUUCCGUGUGUGUGAAUGUCAUGUGUGUUUAGAUGAUCCGCUGGUGCCUGAGAUAGCCCAUCUGUUCAAGACCGACCGCGCCCGCCACGACGCCAUUGCGCGAGAGUGGACGCAGAAGUACUCGAUGUAGCCGCCCACCGAUGGACCAACACCAAGGCACACCGAGGUCGGUAGCUAGAUGCACCACCACCACCAAGAGACAUGAAACGUCUUAGAUCUCUCUCUCUCUUUCCCUCUCUCUCUGUCUCUCCCCUUCCCAGGUGCGUUGAUGUGAGCAUGACUGUCCGUCUGUCUGACUGUCCGUGCAGGCCGGUCGCGGACCAGACCGGUGUGUGGAUGCAUGUGAAUGAGUGAGUGAGUGAGUGUACAGUACAGUCCAGCCAGGGUCCAAUCCAUUGGAAGGAGCCUCUGUUAGCUAUCUGCCCAGCUAGCCAGCCAGCCUUCAAGCCAGGCCUCCAUUUUUUUCUCCACGAGCUGUCGACCGACCGACCGACCACCUGCCCACCCCACCCCCACCGACCGUGAGAAUGGAUAACCAAGAAGAGCCUUUCUGUCAGUGCGCACAGCGAGGCAGGCAGGCAGGCAGGCUGUGUGUGUUGUUUGCAUUGGAUUGCAUUGCCUCAGUGAGUUUGUGUGUGUGUGUGUGUGUGUGUGUGCCCGUGCCUUUGUGAGAGAGUGUGAGAGUGUGCGAGUGGCGAGUGUGUUGUGUCGUUUGUGUGACUAGCUACCGGACCUGUAAUCGAUACAUACAUACCUCAUCCGCCGUCGUCUUUUUGCCAUCGAUCGAUCACGCACCUUGUGUGCAGCUGUCUCACUCACCUCACCCUGCGUACCACGGACACAACAGAUGCAGCAAUUCCAUGGCCGGAUCGAUCGGCUUUUGUACUCAGUCAGAUCGAUACAAAGCAGGAAGGAGAGGACCGUUCUCUGAGCAAGCAAGCAAGCAAGCAGUGAAGCAAGCAGACGUCCACGCGUGGGACACAAUGAGGGCGUGCGUCUUCAAGUUGGCUGCUGCGGUUCUCGUGUCUCUCACCAUCGCGCACGUGCACUCGGCCGAGCCCGCUGCAAAGUCCGGCGAGGAGACACAGACACAGACACGCCAGCCAUGCCAAACCACCAUCAUCAACAGCUACAACCCUGGAGGUACGCAAGCUGCUGGUGUGAUGUGACUGACACAAGGAAGGCAACCCAACCACUGCUUGUGUGAUUGUGACUGAUCGAUGAUGCAUCCAGGCAAUACGAGUGUGACGGUGGCUGACAAGCAAGCCCAACUCCACAGUACGCCGAAGCUCACAUGUAGCUAAGCACCCACCAGUCAAUCAGACACACACAACCACAGCUGGUACAACCAAUCAGACACAUAUAUAUGCUCUCUCCUCUCCUUCUUGAUUAUAUGUGGCAGACCCGUCGGCCAAGCACCAGCACCAGCCCGUUGUCCGCUUCAGCGCGAAGUCCACGGUGUCCGCUGACAGCCACGGCCGCAAGCGGCACCGUCGUCCCUUCCGCCUCACAUUAGCCCCUGAGCUGCGCGCGUGGCUUGACCAGAAAUGUGAGAUGGGUGAGUGAGUGAGUGAGUGUACAGUCAUGAAUCCUCGUCGAGUCGUCAGAGUUCGGCAAUGCGAGGUUCGUCGUUGGGCGCCUCGUCAGCAGCUGCAGGGGCGGAAGUAAGCACACACAGAGGGGCAAACCAUGGCGUUUGUGCAUCGUAUGCGUGUCUGUGUCUUUAUGUGUUCAGCUGCAAGUCUCGUGCUCGGCACAGUGCCGACGCUUUUACCCAAAGAGACGGCGGCCCUCGGUAGCCGACACACACGUGCAGCAGACACACACACAGGUCGCGUGCAGUGCAUGGAGAGGAUGCGCAUCAUGAUCUGUCGUGUGAAUGUGUUCUUCAGAUUCGUUGUGCAAAGACGCUGCGCACGACGACUAUUACUUCUUCAACAAGUACUCGUUCCUGUCAGAAGUGCAAGUCGGUCCAGGGUUUAGGGUCUAGGGUUCAUAGACCGACGAUCCACUGAUCUGUGAGACAGGACGGCUGUUGAGUCUUUGUCCGUUCCAUGAGACAGGCCAUGGCGGACAGGACGUCAGACAGGAUGGACUGACGCAUACUACAUGUCCUACGUGGACUCUCCACAAAAAUCCACAGACCUUACGUUGCAUUGACUUAAUCCUUUAUCCGGGACUGACCGCCCGGCAGAUCCUCUCUUCACCAUUCUCCCCGACUCUCUCCCACCUAUUCUUACA